AGCGGGCGAAGCAGCGGCAGAGCCCGGCGGCCACCAUGGAGCUGGCGAUGGAGAACCUGGGCAGCCUGCACGGCGUCCCGCACUCGCAGCCCGCCGAGCUGCUGAGCCCGGCUCACGGGCGACAAGGCUCGCACCGCAACCUGGUACCGCACGGCCGGCCCGCCAUGGUCUCGGGCAUGGCCUCCAUCCUGGAGGGGGGCGACUACCGCGCCGAGCACAGCCUGGCCGCCCCGCUGCACCCCGCCAUGAGCAUGUCCUGCGAGUCCCCCUCCGGCAUGAGCCUCAGCAGCACCUACACCACGCUGACCCCCCUGCAGCACCUGCCGCCCAUCUCCACCGUCUCGGAGAAGUUCCACCACCCGCACCACCACCACCACCACCACCACCCGCACCAGCGCCUGGCCGGCAACGUGAGCGGCAGCUUCACCCUCAUGCGCGACGAGCGGAGCCUGGCCUCCAUGGGCAACCUCUACAGCCACUACCCCAAGGACAUGCCGGCCAUGGGGCAGCCCCUCUCGCCGCUGCCCAACGGGCUGGGCAGCCUGCACAACGCCCAGCAGCCGCUGACCCCCUACGGCCCCGGGGGCCACUUGCCCAACGAGAAGAUGCUCUCGCCCAACGGCUUCGAUUCGCACGCCGCGAUGCUGUCCCGGGGCGAGGAGCACUUGGCGCGGGGCUUGGCGGCCCCCAGCUCGGCCAUGAUGCCGCCGCUCAACGGGAUGCACCCGCACGGCCACCCGCACGCCCAGCCCGGUGGCUCCCUCCUCGGCGAGCGGGAACGCCAGGCCUCGGCCACCGGUUCCCAACCCGGUGGCUCCGGGCAGGUGGAGGAGAUCAACACCAAGGAGGUGGCCCAGCGGAUCACGGCCGAGCUGAAGCGUUACAGCAUCCCGCAGGCGAUCUUCGCCCAGAGGAUCUUGUGCCGCUCCCAGGGGACCCUCUCGGACCUGCUGCGGAACCCCAAGCCUUGGAGUAAGCUCAAGUCGGGCCGGGAGACUUUCCGGAGGAUGUGGAAAUGGUUGCAGGAGCCGGAAUUUCAGAGGAUGUCGGCGCUCAGGCUGGCAGCUUGCAAACGCAAAGAGCAAGAGCAGCAGAAAGACCGGAGCCUGCAGCCCAAGAAGCAGCGGCUGGUCUUCACGGACCUCCAGCGCCGCACCCUGAUUGCCAUCUUCAAGGAGAACAAGCGCCCAUCCAAGGAGAUGCAGAUGACCAUCUCGCAGCAGCUGGGCUUGGAGCUCAACACCGUCAGCAACUUCUUCAUGAACGCCCGCCGGCGGUGUAUGAACCGCUGGCAGGAGGAGCCAGGCACCAACCCCGGAGUCCCCUCUUCUUCUACAAGCACUUUCUCCAAAGCAUGAUGUCCCCCAGCACUCCCUGCCCCUUCCCGGACAUCCUCCUCAUGACAAAGCCAACCCCAGACUCACACGCAUGUCCCGAGCCAACUGG